GCUAGCUGCUAGCAUAGACCUUCGAUAACAUAAUGAUCUGUUUUUUCUUUUUCUAGAAUACCAUGGCGUCGUAUCAUAAUUUGUCGUUAUUGCAACACCAAAACCCUCGGUAUGAAUCUCCGGCCAAGGUGUUCGCCAAGCUAAAAUCUAAAGUACAGCGAGAAGCGAUAUGUGCGAAGGAUCCGCUGUGUAACGUUGGAGAGAACCAUGGAGCAUACUUUGGCUCGCCCAGGAGGAGAAAACAGAGCACCUGGUUGCCCGAAGUGCUCAAGGAGAAUCACAAGAUUGGCUGUUACCGUGAUGAAGCGGAGGCCCUGACACUCUCACCCAUAUCCAGCCCACAGAAAAGCCUCGGGUAUUCAUACUCGGACUUCAGCUGCAAGCCUGUGGUGGAAAUGCCGCUUAUGACUGACAAAGGACAUGUUCCUCAGUCAAGAAAUCAACAGACACCAACAAAGAGAGCUUUAUUUGAGUCCACAAAUGUGUUUCAUCCUCUGGUCAGUGGUUUCACUGGGACCAGCAGGAGUCCAGUGAAGAAAGAGCCAGUAGAAAACAGCUGUGGAGGUUGGAUGUCCGAGGAGGAUUGUGCUCCUCUGGAGAAACUGAUGUCUCCAGAGAAGAUGUUUUCCCCCGUGAGGAAUAGGUUAAGAAAGAGAAAAUGGGGACAGCAAGAGAUGAACAAAGUUAGCAGCAGCACAAAGGAAGUCUGCAAUGAAGUCAUAAAUCAACCACAAGAAAGGAAAAGCUCAGCUGCUUUCAGUGAGGAUGGCACUCAUUACAACAUUUUAGCAGAGGAUUUGGGUACUGUCAGAGGAUAUUCAUUACCUGCUGAGCACCAGAUGAAUCAUGAACCCAUGUUUGCACAACCGAGAUCCUCCGCACUGACCCGCUGCAGUGUCGCUUUGAAAAAUUUAACUCCGAUGUCUCCAGCCAAGAUGUUUGCGUGGAUGAAGGAGAGGGAGAACAGACAAGAGCAGCAGGAAGUUCAUGAAGUCAGCAGCAGCACAAGGGAACACAUGGAUGUGGAUCGUUACCAUCAGUCCACAAACACGCCGCCCUCCACAGCUGACAAUACAGGUGAGACAGUGGAUGCUGCCUUCAGAGGUGUUCCAGAGAGUGUGAGAAUGGUCAAUCGGCCCAGAUUAGAGUCAGCUGACAGCCAGUCAGACACAGACCCCUCUGACAACCCACCCCCCGCUGCGCCUUCACAACCUGUUUUGUUUGAAGAUCCGCUUGUGCUCAAUUCUCCACGGAUUACCAUCCCAAAGAAAAACAAGGCUGUGUUUAAGCACAACAAAUGGUCCCAGCACACAAUGUUCCCCACCGAAAGUGUGAUUCACCUUACAAAGUGGUUCUUGAGAAAGAAUCAGAAGGGCCUGUUUGUUGAUGGAUUUUGCAAGCAAAGGAAUGUACCAUGGAACAGCAACAUCAUUGUGGAGAGAGUUUCUAACUCUGUACUGAAGACGAUUUCCGGUAGGGUUUACAUCUUGGUUGGCAAGAUGCAGUGGACUGAGGACUCUGAGUUUCCCAAGUGGUUUUUGAAGGAGUUCAUUAAAGGUUUCCCUCUGAACUGGAAGGAGCUUUAUGAGAAGUUUCUGUCAGAGCCAAGAGAACAUCCGAGCAGACAAACAGAAAAGAAGCGUGCAGGGAGAAGCAUUGUGGCUAAGAUGACGUCUAAUGAUUCUGCACACAACUGCACUGUGAAGAAGCACAGGCAAAAACCUUUGAAGACACCUGAGCUCUGUCCUCCCCCCGCCGCCUCUUCCUCCUCUACAAAAGUGUCUCGGAGUGGUCGGGUGAUCAGGCCGCCAUUGGAGUACUGGAAAGGAGAAAGAAUCUUUUGGGACACGCAAAUGAAUGUUACCAUCUACGAAGGCUACGAUACCUCCAUCUGCCAACCUAAAGUCAGUACAACGGUGUGUGCAAUUUCACAGACGCCUGCCCGAGUGCUCUGCAGUGAAGGCCGUAAACAAUAUGAGUCAACCAGUGAUAAUGAGAUGCCUGAGAAUAUACCACUGAGAAGAGUCAAAGCUCCACAUCGCAAACGUAACCGAGCCAAGGUUAACCAUGAAGAGAAGCCCCCCAGUCCGUCUGAGCCUCCUAGGGACACGCUGAGCGAUUACAAUAGCAGCCUCGAAAAAAGUUCUGGCAACUUAAGAAGGUCCAACCGAAAGCGUUCCACCACAAAAAGCACACACGUGAACACUGCCCCGCCAUCAAAAAGUAAACCUGAAAAACCCUCAACACAGAAAACCAAAAAAGAGACCCACAACACCAACAGGCACUCCGUGAGAGGCUUGAGAAGCAGAAGCAGUGUCUCCCCGCUCUCAGGAUCUACCAUGAGUGACGAUGAAGUAUCACAGUAUCUUGCAAUGUCGUCGUCAGAUGAGGACUUUACUGUCAAGACAAAGAAGCGAGGCAAAGGGGCACACGGAAAGAGGGGCGAGAAGGCUGUUGAAUCGCAACCAAAGGGCAGGUCUUCACGGAAUAAGUCCUCAGGAGAGAGUGGGAGUGAGCCGAGGAAAACAGCCAGAGUAACAAAACAGAAACAGAGCAAAACAUCAUCACCCAUGAAGACUUUGCCUAAGUUGACGCAAUCUAACAAAAAACACAAGAGACACAAAAUGAUUCCACAAGAGCAAGAUGAAGACGACGAAGAAUGGACAGAAGUAGAGCUUAUAAAACUACAACAGGCCGUGUCUCGCUAUCCUAAGCACAAGGCAGGUUACUGGGAAAGGGUAGCAAGGAUGGUGGGAACACGUUCUGUAGAAGAGUGCCACAACCAGCACACAUUGCAGGGAAACUCCCACACUCCUAAGAAAGCCAAGAAUACCAAAAAGGAGAAGGUGGAAUCAGCACAAAAAGCUCAAGAUUGUCCUGUGAUAUCUGCCCGUGCGGGAACCUUCAAGAGAAAGCAGCAGGUGCGUCACUUCCUGGAGGCCAUGCCCAAAGACGAUGUAGAGGAUGCUUUCAGCACGGCAUACAUGCAGCACAAACGCUCUGAGAUCCCCUCCAUGUGUCUGAGUGAGGAAAAUGACAUCACAUUGUCAAACCUGGAGCCUGUGACCCCCAUCUCCACACGUCUCCAUGAAGCGAAGACUCCUAAUUGUCUAUAUAUCACUCCUGGCAUGAUGGUUUCUCCAAACAGAAACGAUGUCGACAAGUACGUCUAUCAACUCCAGAAGAGGAUUAAAAAAAAUCAGUUCAACGUGGACAAAAAAGCUCCGUCUUCAAAGAGCUUCACACCCACACCAACAGUUAAACAAAAAAUGAGAAAAUGCUGUAACACAGAAAAUGAUACCUUUGUUGCCUGGGAGAUGUUUCCAGACCAAGAGCCUGAAAGUGGAGAGGAAGAGGACUUUUAUUUCUCAGACAAUGACUGAUAUGAGUCAGAGCUGAAAUGUUACAUGAUUUAAAAAAGAAAAAAGAAAAUCUAGUUGUUCACUUGAAUUGAA